GGCAAGAUCUUUCCACGUAGAAUGGCGCGAUGCUCCUACCGGUGCGGACCGGUGGAGACCUCGGCUAGCGCCCGACCUUGUGAGGCGCAACAAACUCCAGCCUCAGCACUCGCGUGCCGAUGAAACAUCGCUCCACCAUCCAGCAUUCGUCGCCACAGAGCUCCCUGUGCCACCGUCCAACGUGCUGAGGCGACCGCCCUGCUUGAUUUGCUUUUUCCUGUGCGCCCGCCCGAGCGCGACCUCUGUAGAACCCGUGCGCAGCCCGGGGCAUCUCCCAGCGCUGAAAACACGUGCAGCGCCAACGUUGAUGACCGACGAGACACAGAAGUCCAAUGGCUCCGCUGCGGCCAGCGCGACAGCAUCUAAAAGCACGGACCAUGGCAAGAAUACCGACAGAUCAACGGUAGCCAAGAGCGCAUCCCCAUCCAAAGACAGGGGCACAUCUGCACCCGGCUCCGACAUCCCGACGAAAACUCCAAAGAAGCGUAGAAAGGUCAAUCAUGCGUGCAUAUACUGCAGACGUUCGCAUAUGACCUGUGACCUUGAACGACCAUGCACGCGGUGUAUCAAGAGAAAUAUUGGACACCUCUGUCACGAUGAGCCACGCGAAGGGGUCAAGAAGUCCAAAACAGACCCGGAGAGCUCGAAUGGCGACAAUUCCAGCUCCAAGCACGAGGCAACGCCAGCCGAUGGCGCUGUGAAUCCCAUGGCCCAACAGACCACUGCUCCAGAUGCAGGCCUGACCCUUGCGCCGCCUCCUCCUCCUGUGCCUCCUCCAGACAGAGGUGCCAACGCAGCAGCGCUCGCCCAGCCUGUGCCCGUGUCUGCGCCACAGCUGCCAGCGCUGACCUCUCAGAGCCCGUCUCUGCUUAACUACAAUGACUGGAACGCACCGUCCAACAAUAGCUUUCAAGACAUGCAUCAGUUCCAUCCUUCAUAUAAUUUUGGCGCAUCCGAGAUCAGUAACGAGUUCAAUCUACUCAACGACUUCCUCAAUAGUAACCUCAUGGAGGACGGCAACAUGUAUGGAAGUGGUGAUUUCCACCAAUUAUUCUCCGAUGCUUCUUUGAUGAACCCUAUGGGAACCCUUACCAACAACACGCCUUUCAAUCCAAGUGCGUCCAGUAGUUCACAACUGCUACCGCCACCGGCUCAGACGGCUUCCGGUAACUCAAUGCAAAAACCAACGAGCGCCUUUCCGCUGGAGAAAGCGCGAGAAAAGUAUUACAUGACAGCAGCCGACCCUGCGGGUACGGACAGUCCUGAGGAACGUAUGAACAAGCUACUCAAAGCCAAGAUGGAUGCCGGUCUGCUAAAGCCGUUCAACUAUGUUAAGGGCUACGCACGGCUCAACCAGUACAUGGAGCAGAACCUUCAAUCGAUAUCACGUGUGCGCAUACUGCGACAACUCGACAGAUUCAGGCCAAAGUUCCGCGAGCGCGUACAGUCUUCUACCGACGUGGAUCUUGUGCGUAUCGAAAUCUGGUUCGAUAGAAGCUUGAUGGAAUACGACCGCGUUUUCGCCAGUAUGGCUAUCCCGGCGUGUUGCUGGCGGAGGACGGGAGAGAUUUAUCGCGGGAACAAGGAAAUGGCGAACCUGAUACACGUUCCCAUGUCCAGGUUGAGAGACGGCAAUAUCGCUCUGCAUGAGAUCCUCGCCGAGCCCUCGCUAGUGUCAUACUGGGAGAAGUUUGGCGCGAUUGCGUUUGACAACAACCAGAAGGCGAUAUUGACGAGCUGCUCGCUCAAAAAUCCGGACCCGAAUUCGAAAGACCCUGAAAUUCGGUGCUGCUUCUCUUUCACGGUGAAGCGCGAUACGCUCAACAUCCCAUCUCUGAUUGUAGGCAACUUCCUGCCUAUGCUGGAACCUAAUCCGCCGCCGACUACAUGAUGUCCCCAGCAAUUGUACGAUUGAACGAGUCCUCGGAUACGGACGGUAGCUUGCAUUCAGAUCGAGCUGCACGGCACAAGACGGGUAAUCGUAAUUCUGUCACUUCCUUGUAAUAAGUCGUUCUUCAUACUCCAUGAUUGCAUAGUCGGCGCGCGGGCGUCAGAAUCAUCAUGUCCUGCUUUGGGAUACUGCACUCAGUGUUCUUCGGACUGGUCUGGAUUUUAGGUCUUCUUCAGGCUGUUUCUGUUGUUAGUUUUCUCGCCAAAAUUUACAUGCAGGGCACCAGAUCAUGGGACAGAUGAGACCAAGGGUUCGUAAUGCAUUGCAAGGGGUAACACGGAAAUUGGGAUAAUUUCUAUGUAUUCUAUUGCUUGAUCAUCUCUGCUUUUAUGAUACCUGCUUCCACG